UUCUUAUCAUAGCCAUUUGAGGGACCUUCAUAUUCAACAGCUAGUGCAGCUUUUACCAUUUCUGAUGGUCUACUACAAUUUUUUUUUUUCUUUCCUCAUUGAUUAAAAGCUUUCAAGGUGUGGUCUUCUGGUGGAAAAAUCUCCAGGAAAAACAAUAUUCUAUAAUUAGACAUAGACACAACUUAUAUUGGUCAGGAGUUUUAACUGUUACCUUUGGACUAACUCUACUCUUUUAAAUUCUCCUAGAUCUCGUCGACAACUUUUACUGAAGUAUUUUCAAAGAAGAAGGGAUUUUCUCAUAGCAUAAACAUUACACUGAAAAAAGUUCAUCUUUUUGAGGGAAAAUGUUAAUCGAAAAUCUCAACAACUUCUAAAAAAUAGUGAAAUGUUCUCCUUUCUCGAGAUUUUUCAAGGAAAUGAGUUAUUUCCUGACCAGCUGUUCCAAUUCCUUCUCUUUUCAAAGGAAGUUUAUUUGAUCUAGACUUUGGCUGUGAUUCAAUGCUGAUUUUAAAAAGGAAAGUGAGGUAUUAUGGCUACAGUAUCACUGAGCCCACCUGUACAAAUAUCACCUGGAGGGACUCCCAUUCUCCCUCAAACCAUCAGAAGUGCUCAAAGGUAAUGAGAUUUAUUUCUCUAAGCUGCUAAGAAGAUACUGGUUUCCUCCUUUUUUGGCUCCAGAGCCCUUUAGGUACACUCAUUUCCUGUUUUCUAGUAUUUCCCUGUCGCCACAUGGUCUAAUCUCUUGCCAUUUUUAGCAGAGUUUUCUGGGGGAAACUAGGCUCACAUGAAUCUGUUUCUCUGAAUCUCCAUGAACCAACCACACUUCAGUAAUUUUUUUUGCUCUUUGUUUCGUGGUUAUUUGAUUUCCUAUAAUUUUUCCAAAAAUAGUCAGUAGUGCAGGAAAGGAGAGAUAAUAAGACUGAUGUUUAAACAUAAUCAUUACUAGUGUCAGAGAAUCCACACAGCCUUGAGCCACAGAUCUGCGGGAAGACAAAUUUUGUUGGUUUGCUGUUUGGUGAACUACUUGGCUUCCAGGGGAAAGCUGAGAUUCUUGUACGUCAAGGAGAUGGGCAGGCACAAAAUAUAGCAAGAUGAGCGCUAACCUUGCAAGAGCUAAGGUUACUCUGGUCUGUAAUGGCUCAAGGCCCUGGUGCAGAGCUCUUGCCAUCCUCUAAAAUUCUCUUGUGUGCUACAGUAUGUUGGGAAUCAGGCUUUCCCAGCAGCCUGGUUUAUUCUCAGCCCAUGCUAGGUUGCAGAGUCCUUUGUUGUUAUUUGUCCUUUUCUUCUCCUCCCCAGUUAUUUUAUCAUCUGGUCUUCCUUUUAUGGUGCCUACAAUAGAAUGUUUGCAUGCCUUGGUUUCUGUCUUCGGGUAGAGAGGGAAGCCAGACAGAGGCAGGAACGGGUUUGUAACAUAAGAAAUACAUUCCCAAACUGACUUCAGUAGGUGACAUCCUUCGGGUGGGAUCACCACUUGCAACAUGCCUUUUCAAGAUCCACAUCAAUGGGAGGCAGCUUUAUUUACAUCUCAGCAAGGCCCAUAUCAGAUAUUCCUAUUAUAUUAGGUGCAACGCACCUGAUUAAAUCAGUCCUUGGCUUCUUGAGGGUUUUGUUUCCAAGGGUGAGCUGACCUGAGGUAUCUCCAAACAAUGACGCAGUCGCAAAACGUUGUGUUGACCUCUGCACUGCCUCGCAGAUGAUAUGGACCUGUCAUAGCCAGAGGGAUCGGACUGCCCCAGUCCAGGGCAAUUGUCCUCACCCUCACGUCACAGCUGCAGCUGGGCCCCAGUGGAGGGUGAACAGGGAGCGUGAUGGGUGAACGCACCAGGCCCUGGAGCGUGACAUCAGGAAUGACGGGGAUUUGCUUCAGGAAACUCAGUGUCUUUAACAUCCCUGAAUGUCCAAGGCCAAUGUCUGAUAGCAUGACAGCUGACGGCAUAGGCCUGAGGUUGCACAUGUGGAUUCUUGAAGAUCAGAAGCUGCUUCUUGAGCAGGGAGUUGGCUGAAGGUGUGUGAAUGUCUCUCCACCUUGGCUCCACAGUGUUUUCCCUCUGCAGAGGGGCUGGGGUGGGAGCCGGCAUGGGCCAGAUGAGGAGGACGGCCCUGUCCAGUCCUGUGGGGAGUGUGGUGCACAAGCACAGGCACAUUUUUCUCUCCCCAUGCUUGCUUGAGCUACAGCAAGAGAUGCUUGGGCAACUGUCUGAUCUCUGGGCAGUUCUGCUUUGUGGGUCCAAGCUUGUGUUUGUCUGUGGUCGCAGGCAAUUUGUCUUGAUUGUAAACAUGGUGGUUUGCCUGCCUCAAUCUGUUUGCCCUGGCUGUGCCUAGUCUUGAAAGUUGGAUAAUGUCAGAGCAGAAGGGAAGGUUUCUGUUACUAUCUCCCUUGUAUCUGUGUCCCAGCACAUCCCUGCUGCUACAUAAAUCCUUCAGCCAACACUAUAUGGCAGGAAAAGGGAUUCCUGUUCCCAAUAAUCUUGGAGGGGUGCUACUCUUCCUUUCACAGGGAAGAGCUGUUUCAUACAGCAUGUAUGUGAAAAUCUGAAUGCUUAUGAUGUUUUUAGAUGUUACUUCUGGGACUCAAAUAUUGAGAAGCAGACCAGAAAUUAAAUGUAUGGAUAUGUAAUUAACCAAGUAUUUUCCCCUCUCUCCCGUCACGGCAGCAGAAUUUUUUGAUGAUUAUUCAGAGGGGCGAGAAUGUGUCAACUGUGGGGCCAUGUCCACCCCACUCUGGAGGAGAGAUGGCACAGGGCACUACCUCUGCAACGCUUGUGGCCUCUACCACAAGAUGAACGGCAUCAACCGGCCCUUGUUCAAACCUCAGAGGAGGCUGUCAGCUUCCCGCCGCGUUGGCCUCUCUUGUGCCAAUUGCCACACAACAACAACCACGCUCUGGCGCAGAAACGCCGAGGGAGAACCUGUCUGUAAUGCCUGCGGACUCUACAUGAAGCUGCAUGGGGUUCCAAGGCCUUUAGCAAUGAGAAAAGAAGGCAUUCAAACGAGGAAGCGUAAGCCAAAGAACCUAAACAAAUCAAAGACACCAGCAGGCCCAUCCAGCAGCGAGAGUCUUACCCCAACCACCAGCUCCACCAGUAGCAGCAGCAGUGCCACGACCACUGAGGAAAUGCGCCCCAUAAAAACGGAACCGGGGCUCUCAUCUCAUUAUGGGCACCCCAGCCCAAUUUCUCAGGCAUUCUCGGUCUCUGCUAUGUCUGGACAUGGAUCUUCUAUUCAUCCUGCGAUUUCAGCCCUGAAGCUUUCCCCGCAGGCUUACCAGUCAGCCAUCAGCCAGUCUCCACAGACCGGCUCCAAACAGGACUCCUGGAACAGCCUGGUCUUAGCUGAAAACCAUGGGGACAUCAUAACUGCAUAAGCUGGUCUUCCACCCACGGACUUUGGGCUGAUCUGCUUGAGAGACAAAGAAGAUGACACGUAAUAAUCAAGUCAAUGUUGUUUCCUGCCCCCUCCUGCUCUCCUGACUUCCCUCCCCUUGUGAGAUGUUCCAGGAAAGAGGUAAAGAGGACUUCUCGGAGGUGUAGGAGAGCUCUUACAAAACAGAGAAGACUCAAAUCUCAGAGUAACUAAUGGAACUGAAACAUUUUUUCCCCUUUAAACAGUUGUCUCAUUUGACUGUCACCACCUCCUAAGAAAUAGUCAGAAGCAAAGAUGUACAGUUGUUGAGUUUUGUUUAAUAAACAUCUGGCAUUGACGAUUCAGA